AGACGUCAGUUAUUAUUAUGGUCAGUAAAAAUUUGCGCGUCCGUUGAAUUUAUCAUAUCGAUGUUGUUAAGAAAUGUUCUUUAAUGUGAUAUCGUGUAUGAAACUAGCGGAAAAUACUAAGCAAAAUGACAAGAACAUGCCUGAUAUGUAAAGCAGAACAAAUUCCAAGAUGUGAACGUAGUUUUCACAUGUUUCCCAAAAAUGAAUCAAUAAAGCAAAAAUGGCUCGAUGCUAUAGAUGUAUCAAAAACUCCAAAUUUUAAAACUGCAAGCAUAUGCAGUGAUCACUUUCAUGCAGAAUCAUUUUUUUAUUCUGAUGAAUUCAGACAAAGAAAGCGGCUAUGCAAAGAAGCUGUUCCUAGACAGAAAAAUAUUAAUUUACUUAAUCUGCCAAGAGAAAAUGAAACAAAAGAGAAUGCAAUAAUUGAUAUUAAUUAUUGUGAAGUAAAUGAUAUACCAGAACACAUAAGUUUCGAAGCAAAUACAAAUGAAACUGAAAUGUGUACAGAUGAGGUCACUUUAACAAAUUCUCUUAAGUUUCAUAAAAGUAAUGCCCUUGAAAAUGUAAGUGCACAGUCACAUCUGAAUAAAGACGUUAAAAUGUGCCCAAAUAAAGUUUCCUCAAUAACAUCUAUCAACUCCCGAGAAAGUGAUGUGUCAAAAGAUAUUUGUUUACAAUCAAAUACUAAAAAAGCGACUGAAACGUAUAUUCAAGAACCGCCUUCCGAUAAUUCUGAAACGUUGAAUGGUAGUAUCUCAAGUAUUAAGUCAAAUAGUAAGAAAAGGAAACGUUCAUUCAAUGACAUCAAAACAGCGAAAAGAGUGCGUUUCAUGAAUGGUUUUAAGACAGAUUAUAUAUGUCAAGAAGACUUUGUUAACAAAGACGCUUGGAAUCGAUUUCUAACUUAUGUAGCUUAUCAAAGGUCUAGAAUUGCAGCUGCUCAUAAUAGAAACUCGCGCAAAGAAAGGAAAAUGCAAGAUUUGAUUGAUGUGAUAGAAACUUUGGAUAAAGGAGAACAAUUUGAUGCUGUUGAAUGUUGAAAGGUGAGAUUUUAAUAAUAUUCAUUUAAUUGUAUCUAAGGAAAAAAAUUGUACAUAUUUAUAUAUUUUUGCUAUGAUUUCAUCAUAUAGUAUAUUAUAUAAUAAUAAAAAUGUUAUAAUGAAUUGUACAUAUAAUAGUGAAUAUACAAAAAUAAAAGUAACGAGGUUGAAGCUAGUAAUGUUAUCGAAACGAAACAUUGGAGAAAAAACCAUAAUGAUGUUUAAGGAACUAAGAUUUCAAAAUAUGAGUGUUUUUUUUUUUAUUAUGAUCUACUGAAUUUCGGACAUGUCUAAAAUCGCGAAGUAACGGUGUUUUUUCAGCAUGAAUCGUUACAAUGACGUUACUAACUUCAAUAUGAUUAACAGUAUCCGUUUUGGUUUUUUGGCUUUUUGAUAGGUUCUGCCAUCACAUAUGAAAGAGCUAAUAACGUGUAUGGAAGAACGAAAAUCUACAGUA